CAUAGACAAGACAUAGAGUAAUCAAAAUCAAUCACUAAACGCUUUGUCAAUCACCUUUGCUUUUUUUAAUGUGUGUUUGCGUCGCUCUUGACUAUUGUAUUACAUUGUUCAUAGAAAGCAAAAUACUUUAUAUACCUAAUUUAAUAAGACACCGCCAUGGCUAAGGGUGGUAAUUAUAAUGGUGAUUUAUUUGAAUAUAUAAAAGUAAGUGAAGAUGAAGAUGACUCCAAUGCGGUCGAAAUUCCAUGCGAAAUGGAUGGAACGCUGUUGCUGUCAACCCUCGUGGCCCAGUUCCCAGGCGCUUGCGGGCUGAAAUACCGGCAUCCAGACAGCAAGUCAAUCAGAGGGAUUCGCCUAAGCGAUGGCAAGUUGCACCCACCUACAGAAGUUGGUUGGGGCAAACUACUCUAUAUUUGUGUGUUCCCAAAAGAGAAUAAACGAAAGAUGGAAGACGUUUCACCCGAAAACUCUGCAGCUAAGACUAAACGCUUGGAAAAGAAAUUAACAUGCUCAGAUUUGAUUUGCUUGGGAUUGCCAUGGAAGUCUACAGAGGAGUCUAUAAAGCAGUACUUUGAGCAGUUUGGUGAAGUGGUAAUGGUACAGUUAAAACGUGAUAAGAAUGGAUCCUUCAAAGGUUUUGGGUUCAUUCGUUUUGCCACUUAUGCAUCUCAGAUGAGAGCUUUAGCUCAGAGACACAACAUUGAUGGGCGCUGGGUAGAUGUACGUAUCCCGAAUUCAAAAGAAGGUGUUGUGCCACAGAUGCCUUGCAAAGUAUUUGUGGGAAGAUGUACUGAAGACAUGACCGCUGAUGACCUUCGUGAAUAUUUUUCGAAGUUUGGUGAGGUAACCGAUGUGUUUGUUCCUCGUCCAUUCAGGGCCUUUGGAUUUGUUACUUUCUUAGACCCAGAAGUGGCACAAAGCCUUUGUGGUGAAGAUCAUGUAAUUAAAGGAGCAUCUGUGUCAGUAUCAAGUGCAGCACCAAAGAUUAAAACUAAAUCUCAGAACUGGAAGGAAGAUUCCUAUGGACCCAAUAAUUGGGAAGGAAAUCGCUCUGGGGGCUCUUCAGGAGGUCCCAGCAACAAUGGAGGAAACAGUAACAUUGAUUCUCUCAACAUGCAAAACUUAGGAAUCAACCCUAAUGGAGGACCACCAGCUAAUUUUAACUUGCCUAUCAGUCUAGUGGCAGCUGCACUGAAUCAAGCAGGUUGGGGUGGGUUUUUAGGUGGACCUGGUAACUCUGGCCCAAAUAAUUGGCAGGGUGGCCCACCACAAGGUAACCCAGGUAAAAAUUGGAAUGGAAAUCAAAAUUGGGGUCAAAAUGGUCCACCACCAUCUUGGAAUCAAGGUGGAGGCAAUCCAGGCUGGAAUGGUGGGGGUAAAAGUGGUAACAACUGGAAUCAAGGAAAUUGGCCUAAUGGGCAGGGCAACUGGAACAGUAAUGGAAAUGGGGGUGGUUCCAGUUCUGGUUCUGGUAGUGGUGGGUGGAAUAACAACAAGCCCCAGACAUGAGGUGAGCACUAUGGCAGAUAAUUGUAUCAGAGAUGUUUGUAUGGCAACAUUUUAGUUUAAAUUCUAGUCUCUAAGUAAAUUUAUAUUUCUAUGUAAAGCUGUGUAAUUGAAGUAAAAACUUGGAUGUGAUAGGAAUAUCACAGGAUGGUAACAUGGACGCAGAAAUAUCCAGAUGAUGAUGUAAUAGAUGUAAGGUGACCUAGAGUACUGUGUGUAAUUAUGUGAUGUGUGAGAUGAGGACUUUUGUUCAAUAAAGAUGUAUGCUAUUCUGCGAUGGAUGUUUAAUUUCAUCAAGGUUGGUUUAAUUGCUAUAAUUAAAUUAUAUAUACUAUAGUGUGAGUGAACAUCUGUCUGGAUGUGGAUAAUCUUAUAAUUUACAAGGUAGAGCUGUUCAGGAUGGCAAGUUGUCAUGGGUGUGCACAACUGUGUGUGUACUUGCGAGAUGUUUGCUGCAAUCAAUCUCCUUGGAAUGAAGUGAACUGUGUCUACACCUGUGGAACUAUGGUAAGUGGUGGGUGUGUAAACAAUGGUAUGAUCUGAUAUUCAAUUAAGUAUGAUAUCUGUAUUUGAUCUUCCUAUGCAGUUGCUAUAGAAAAUGGAUAAAAGUAUCAAGAGUGCUAAUACCAUGUAUGUGUUUGACUGAUAACUCUGUGGUAACUGUGGUUUUAUUUAUAUUGUUUGAAAAGGUGAAUUGAAUUUUUAUUUAUUAUGUUCGUAUUUUCAUUAAUAUAUAGCAACAAAUAAUUUAGUAAUAAAAUGUUCACUAUUGCAGGGAUGUAAAACAAAGACUGCACUCAAGACUGCAAUUAAUUAGCUUGGAAAGCCUUGGUGGUGUAGUCACAGUACUUACUACACUAUUUUCCUCAGUUGGAAAGGACUAAGUAAGUAUUGUUACAUCCAGUAUAAGUAAGUUUUUCUUAAUUUUGUAAGGUUCAAAAGUGUACUGAAGCAGAAAACUCCCAUGAAAUUAUAAAAAGUACUUGCCAUUUUAACUUUGCAUAAACUACCUGUGAUCCAUUCUGAAUCAGGUUAUAAGUCAAUUUCACUUAAGAAGGGUAUGGCAACAUCUAGUAGAAAUUAUAUUACUAAAAACUAGGGUAUACUUUUAUUCUUUAUAACAUAUAUGCCAUAUUGUUAUUAAUCCUAAUGUAUUAUUUUAAUCUGAACCAUUUUAUUUGGUUUGUGCUUUUUUGUGAG